UCGAGUCUUCGCACCUCUAAUCACUUCCGGUAGGACAACAAAGCGGGUUGAUUUUCCUAAAUUGACCAGUAUCUAAAUAAUUUUGAGGUUAACUGAGAGAUUGUUGCAUUGCCCAAACAUGUACUUGUAAUACUACAAGGGUUUAUAAUCUGGAGACCGAAGCAUGUAUCAACCAGCUGUAGAUGUUUUAACUAGUGGCACAAGUAUCCUACAAGAUGGGCCUGAUACAACAGCAGUGCCUGAGCUGUUCCAGGAUCCAUUACCAAAAGUCACAGAGGCUAGUAAUCUCCUGUUGGAGUCUCCACCGAGGCACCUUCCUGUUACAAUGCAACUUGACACCUCCACAGUGACCACAAUCCAUCGGGAUUUAAAGCUACCAAGCCAGCUUCUUGUAACUCCCCAUGGCCUUGUGAACCAAAAUGACAGUCCAUCAUCUUCUCCAGAAAAAGUUUGUGUCAAGGUUGAGACGAAUAGUCAGAUGGACAUGAUGGAUGCUUUUCCAUACAGUGGCGUUGGAGACAAAGGUCUGAUGAAAAUUGUAACUGGGGACAAUAAAAAUCUAGAUGAUAAAAGAGGCGAUACGGCAUCUGGAAACGGCUCUCAAAACAAUGUUUCCAAUGAUUUUGAUGCAGAUAUUAACACCAUUGUGAUUACAAAUGACGAAACCGGAGAAAUUAAAAUGACAUUUUCGGAUAAUGCUGUUGGUCAGUAUGAAGAAAUCGAGGAGAAAUCUGAACAAAAGGAUUUAGAGCCAGUCAUUGGUGAUUCUAGUUUAGACGAUGUUGACAUGUGUUCUUUUACAGGAUUAAAUGAAAAAGACGACAAAAUGAACGGUGUAUCCCCAGUUAGGAAAAGUGAUCGCUCAAUCAAACUCAAUUCGGCAUUUGGAGACGAGGAUGGUAGAAAGAUACCUGGUUUUGGGAAAGUACUUGCUGCUCAUAUGAUGAAACAGUCCGAGACUGCUAAUGUACAAAGAACCAAACCCGGAGGCAAAAAAACCAAAGUCAAGAGAAGCAGGAAGCAGGUGGAUCCGAAGAAAACCAAACUCAAUGUGGAUGAUGUCUACGAAAGUGAAGACGGUGAUGGGGUUGAAAGCGACGGUGACCUGUCAAAGGAUCUUCUGAAAGUGCGUAUGUUGAAAUGUGACUUCUGUGGGAAGCAUUUUCUUGACAAGCAAAAGUUACAGACGCACAGAAUGACACACAAUAAGAGAAAGAAUGCACAAUCAGUUUCGUCGUCAAACCAAAGCAACGGAUCAAGGAAAGUGUAUCCCUGUGAAGUGUGCGGAUACACAUUUCGUCGCAGAGAACAUUGGCGACGUCACAGACUCACACACCUCGAUGACACACCAUACAAAUGUCCCAUAUGUAAUCGUGGCUUUAAACGAGCCGAACAUGUUCGGCGCCACCAGACAGUCCACACACGUAUAAAAGCAUUCGACUGUAAUUCAUGUGACAAAAAGUUCACCCGAUCUGAGCAUCUAAAGAAACACAUGUUGCUUCAUCUUGGAAAAACACCAUUUGCAAGAAAAAAGAAAGCUAAUCAUUAGGGGUGUUGAAAAUUUAUACAUAUAACAAUUUCAUUGUUUAGAGGAACAAGGACGUAUCUCCAACAUGGAGUGCUUAGAAGUAAAGGGCCGUAUCUCCAAUUUAUGCAUUUUUAGAUUUUGAUAAAUUAGGACUACGACGGUAACGAGCGAGAUUUUCUUGUAUAAUUUGAACAUUAUAUGAAUUGAAAUGGUCUAAUUCUGUUAAAAUACUGUGUGAUUUAAAAGAAUUAGACAAUUUCCAUUGAUAAAAGAACAUAUUCUAUAAGAAAAGCUCAGUCGGAAUUGUAAUUUAUUAAAAUCUAAAAUUGAUAAAUUUGAGAUAUGGCCCUUUACUUAUUGUAAUACAAAUUGCAAGAUAAAAUUGUGUCUGGAAUAACAGCUUAAAUUAUAUAUGGUCAUGAUCUUUUGUGUAGUUCUGAACAAGUUCUGUAUUUGAAAAUUUAAAAACAAUGACUAGAGUGUGUAAUAUGCUUUUAAGCCAUCAUGCAUGCAUGAAGUAUCACUAUUCAUUUUGUAUAACAAAUAACAAUAGAUUUCCUUUAGGAAAUAAUGUUUUCUGAGUUAAAGUUACUUUUUUACCAGAUUGGCUUUAGCUUGAAUACAUUUCAAUCAUCAUUCCGGAAAUGUACAUAACUUCACACUAACAGCAGCCAAUGUAAUAUACAUAUAAACAUGUGUAGCUGAUCUAGAAUUGAUCUGUCCGCUUGAUUUAUCAUCUUGAACAACAUACAACUCGUCCAUGUAUACAUCACAGACAUUUUCUAUAUGAAUACAUAUAGUUUAACAAAUUUAAAAUAGUGCAUUAAAACAGAAAGAUGGAAGGGCAAUACAGACGUUUAAGAUCAAUUUGAACUUGGAUCAAUAGAUCAUAUAUAUGUAUGUAUGACAAUUCCCAAAGUAAAUACUCUCAUGUACAUGUACAGAGUGCAUAUAUACCCAACUGGUAUAUAUGAUUAAAACGAAGAAACAGAAAUAAUGGAAUUGCAUGGAAUUGCAUGCAAAUUGCAAAAUAUUAUGAAUAAGUGAUCAUGAAGUUUUAAUUUUUAUAUUGUUUUAAAUUUGUGAUGCAAUAUGGUAGAGUAUAUUAUAAACCGAAUAUCCUGUUUACAUAUUGAUAUUGGUACAUGUACUAGUUUUCCGAUAUGUUAUGACUUAAUAAAUGUGAAUUAGAUAUUU